AGCUACGUCCACCAACCCAUAUAAAACCAUUAUCGUUAGCCGAUCCCUAACAAGCAUUAGGGUUUUGCAGCCGCUUCUCUUCUUCCUCAACUUCUCGCCGGAAACCUAACCGCCGUUAGCGGAUCACUCAAUCUCGCAAACAUGGGUAAGACACAUGGAAUGGGAGCGGGUCGCAAGCUGAAGUCUCACAGGAGAAGACAAAGAUGGGCCGACAAAUCAUACAAGAAGUCUCAUCUUGGAAAUGAGUGGAAGAAACCCUUUGCUGGUUCUUCUCAUGCUAAGGGCAUUGUUCUUGAGAAAAUUGGUAUUGAAGCUAAGCAGCCUAACUCUGCUAUUAGAAAGUGUGCUAGAGUUCAACUCAUCAAGAACGGAAAGAAGAUUGCCGCUUUUGUUCCCAACGAUGGUUGCUUGAACUACAUUGAAGAAAACGAUGAGGUUUUGAUUGCCGGAUUUGGGCGUAAGGGUCACGCCGUGGGAGAUAUUCCCGGAGUUAGGUUCAAGGUUGUGAAGGUUUCCGGUGUUUCUCUUUUGGCUUUGUUCAAGGAGAAGAAGGAGAAGCCAAGAUCUUAAAUGCUUCAAAGGUUUUGUUUCGGGUUGUCUUGAUUUUGUGGUGUUUGUUGAAGAGUUUAAAUGUUGGUUUUGUUUUAGCUUUGUGUUUGCAGAGGGCAGACAAUUUGUUGUUCUCAGUUUGUACUGUGAUUUUGGUAAACACAAUUUAUUUAGAUAACUGCUUAUUCUGCUUACUUUUAAUUGCA